UCCCUCGCGAAAAAAGCUAAUUCGCGGUUACUGUCUACGGAAAACCCGAAAACUAUACCUUCGGCGAUCGGUAGAAAAGACUUUUCUUCGAUUUUUCCGUAUUUCCCGUGAAAAGCCCAUUCGGUUCGUUCGUCUACCGUCACGUGUCGCGUACGAUCCCGGUUGGUGGAAAACAGUCACGGGCUUGACGAGGGAAGAAGUUAAAAUGGUUCGAUUUUAGGUUCAACCGUGUGUGCCGUACCAGCCUCUCCGGAGUUAAAUCUUCGGUUGUGAAUUUUAAACAUCGCCCAACCCCAUCCUCCACCCCACCGCUAUUCCACGAGCGCAACGAGUACGCUGGUCGGAAGCUGGCUCUGAAGCUGUUGGGAUCGAGCGACAAAUAAUCAGACCGGAAGCAGCCCGACGAUGGGGUACGAUACGAAGAAGCUGUCCAGCAGCGGAUCGCUUGACGACCUGGUGCAGUAUGCGACCAUCCACAUCCCGCUUCCGGUGGCACUGAGUGGGUCGGUUAUGCCCUUUAUGCUUAUCUAUGCCCUCUGGCUGUAUCUCUGGGUGUUCGUGUACGGCAUCGACGAGUACCGGGACGCCGGGCUGCUCUUUCUGGCCGGAAUCGGAUUCACGCAGAUCCUCGUGUGCCUAUGCUGCUUCUGGAGCGUCCAUGUGCAGACGUUUCUUAACUGCCGAAAAACGAAAGCCCCCUGUGCCGGAGCGAUUGUGAAAGUUGUUCCGACGGAAAACAAUGGUGCCUCGGAGUUGGUACGGAUUCAUCAAGCCAAACGUGAAACGGACGUUGACUUUAAAGGCGACGACAACGAGCCGCAGUACUGGUUCCUAUUUCAGAAGGCAAAAUACUUCUGGGACCCGAACAAGGCACUGUUCCGUAGCGUAGAUUUUCCAAUUCACAACACCUACGAAGAGUACUACGAAUCCAAGGGCCACCUGGAGGACGCCGAUGUGGCACUGGCGCAAGCAACGUACGGUGACAACGAGAUGGAGAUGGUUGUACCGGAGUUUUUCGAGCUAUUCAAGGAGCGAGCUACGGCACCGUUCUUUGUGUUUCAGAUCUUCUCCGUGUUACUUUGGUGCCUCGAUGAGUACAUGUACUAUUCCCUCUUCACGCUUUGCAUGCUCGUGAUCUUUGAGUGUGUGCUAGUGCAACAGCAACUCCGUAGUCUCUCCGAGAUCCGCAAGAUGGGCAACAAACCGUACCCGAUCAAUGUGUUCCGCAACCGACGUUGGCGACCAAUCAGCUCCGCUAAGCUUGUUCCUGGCGAUCUCGUGUCAGUGACAAGAUCUCAGGAUGAAAACCUUGUCCCGUGCGAUCUACUGUUAAUCCGGGGGUCGUGUAUCGUGGACGAAAGCAUGCUGACGGGUGAAUCUGUGCCUCAAAUGAAGGAAUCACUCGAGAACAACACGGACGAGCAUGACAAAGUGCUAGACAUCGAGGCCGACGGAAAGCUGCACGUUCUGUUUCGUGGCACAAAGGUGGUGCAGCAUUCCGCGCCGAGCAAGUCCGCCAUGCGUUCCCCGGAUAAUGGAUGCAUCGGUUACGUCCUGCGUACUGGUUUCAACACCUCUCAGGGAAAACUCCUUCGUACGAUCCUGUUCGGUGUGAAACGUGUGACGGAGAACAAUCUCGAAACGUUUGCCUUCAUUCUGUUCCUGCUGGUGUUCGCAAUCGCAGCCGCUGCAUACGUGUGGAUCAAGGGCACCGAGGAUCCCGAACGUAACCGGUACAAACUGUUCCUGGAAUGUACGCUGAUUCUUACGUCGAUCAUUCCUCCCGAUCUACCGAUCGAGUUGUCAUUGGCCGUGAACACGUCCCUCCUUCAGCUGGCAAAAGUGUUCGUUUACUGCACGGAACCGUUCCGUAUGCCGUUCGCUGGCAAGGUGCAGAUUUGUUGCUUCGACAAGACGGGUACCCUUACAAGCGAUAAUCUAGUCGUGGAAGGAAUCGCUGGAUUGAAGGCGGACACAUCGAUCGUACCGAUCGGUGACAUACCGGAACCCACUGCACACGUGCUCGGUUCGUGCCAUUCGCUCGUCCAACUCGACGAGGGUCUCGUUGGUGAUCCGCUGGAAAAAGCCACUCUGACGGCGAUCGAGUGGAACCUCACCAAGGGUGAAUCGGUCGUGCCGAAGCGUGGCAAGUUCAAGGCACUCCGGAUCUACCAUCGGUUCCAUUUCUCCUCGUCGCUGAAGCGCAUGUCCGUGCUAGCGGGCUACCUUAUACCGUUCACGAACGACACCUGCUACAUUGGCACGGUCAAGGGUGCCCCGGAAGUUAUCGUUAAGAUGCUCAAGCACGUUCCGGAACACUACGAACGCACGUACCUGGAGUAUUCACGCCGUGGAGCCCGUGUGCUUGCGCUAGGUUACAAAUCGUUCGGUACGCUGGACACCAACACCGUCCGGGAGCUUAAACGGGACGAUGUGGAGCGCGAUCUGGAGUUUGCUGGAUUUAUCAUAAUUUCCUGUCCCCUCAAGCCAGACUCGAAGUAUGCCAUCAAGGAGAUCAUACAGGCUUCGCACAAGGUCAUGAUGAUCACGGGAGACAAUCCAUUGACGGCGUGUCACGUGGCGAAGGAACUUCGAUUCAGCCGUAGAACGAUCGUAAUCUUAACACCACCGGAAGAAACCUCGAAUGGUAACAAAGCCGUCACCACCGAGUGGCACUGGGAAUCAAUCAAUCAGGAUGUACAGGUGCCAGUGGACGGGCAAACCGUGAAGGAACUCUACCGGGAGUACGAUUUCUGUAUCACUGGCGAGGGUCUUCAGUAUCUCGACCGGGAGCGGAAUGCAUACCUCCAGCAGUUGAUUCCCUACGCGACCGUAUUCGCACGAUUCGCACCGAAACAGAAGGAGUACGUCAUCACGACACUGAAGAAGCUCGGAUACUAUACGCUUAUGUGUGGUGACGGUACCAACGACGUCGGUGCCCUGAAACACGCCCACGUCGGGGUGUCCCUGCUCAGCCACAUGCCAUCCCGAUCGAAGAAGGUGCAACAGCAGGACGAAAAGGAUGAAAAGAAGAAGGCCAUUAAGGGACCAUCGGCUGGCAGCGGUACUGUAGGGACGGAUGAAGCCAGCCGGAAACAGUUGACUCCUCGUGAGCGUGCAAUUAUGCGGGCGAGGGAAAAUCAAAGUGCCGCCCAGGAGCGGUUACAGAAAGCGCUGAAGGAAAUGGACGAGGACCAGGUACAGAUUGUGAAGCUCGGUGAUGCGAGCAUUGCGGCACCAUUCACAAGCCGGCUUUCGUCUAUAAACUGCGUUUGUCACAUCAUCAAGCAAGGACGCUGCACGCUGGUUACUACGCUUCAAAUGUUCAAAAUCUUGGCCCUCAACGCACUGAUAUCCGCCUACUGCCAGUCGGUACUCUACAUUGACGGUGUGAAGCACAGCGACACGCAGCUCACCCUGCACGGGUUGCUAACGGCGGCCAGCUUCCUCUUCAUCACCCGCUCGAAGCCGCUGAAAGUCCUUUCGAAGCAGGCACCACUGCCAAACAUCUUUAACCUCUACUCCGUGACGACGAUUUUGGCCCAGUUUGCGGUGCACUUCUCCGCCCUCAUCUACCUGGUGCACGAGGCAACCGAACGAUCCCCUCCAAGGGAAGGCAAAGUGAAGCUCAACGUGGACCUAGCGCCGGAUGAGAAGCAGGAAUUCGAACCGAACAUCAUCAACAGCACGGUGUACAUUAUCGGCAUUGCCAUGCAAAUCGCAACGGUCGCCGUUAACUACAAGGGGCACCCGUUCAUGGAGAGUCUGCGCGAGAACCGAUUACUUUCGUACGCGAUCUUCAGCUCGAGUGCGAUCGUGUUCUGUCUGGCGUUGGGCAUUGUGCCCGAUCUGCUGUCCACGUUCGAGGUGAUUGACUUCGAACCGGAUUACCGACGAAUUCUUGUAACCGUGCUGGUAGCGGACCUAUUGCUUGCGUUCUUCGUCGAUCGAGUUUGUUCGUUCCUGUUUGGCGAAACGCGAAGAAAGACGGACAUUAUUACUUAACUGGCAGAGCAGUACCGCGCAACACCAGAUUAGACUAAAGUAAUUCAUCGGAGUCAGUUCCGCCAGCGGGGACAGAAAGCCAUCGAAUAAAAAAACAAAACUCAUCCACAUACACACAACACUCUAGCCGUAGUUCGUUUGUCGCUAUGGGUCUGCGAGAUCUCUGCACGUGUGACUGAGCUGUUUGGCAGCUAGUUUUGGGGUAAAUGAGUCAUAUUGCACGAUUAUUGCGUGCGGCUAACCAAUACACUAGAUGAUAGAACCGGAAAACAGAACGGGAGGCGCAAAAUGAUGUGCUUUAACUUUGAAUUGAAGAACCGUGUUUGUUGCACUUCAGAUGAAAACGGCGCUUCUGACGAGUUUCGCCCCCAAACAAAUAGUUAAAGUAUAUGCAAUUUAAAUUAUAAUCCUGUAUCACCAUCUACGAAGGAGGAGGUUCAUUCAUCGAACGACUGAAAAUCAUGCUCUUACUUUCUACGUUCUACGGGGAUAGCAUUUAUGCGUUGGGCAUCUACGGUUGGGCAUUAGAAGCAUUUUAUUCGCAUCGGUUAUCCCACUUUAAACAUUUUUUAAUUUUACUGUAAGAAACAUUGUAACCUUCUGAUUUCAGUAACAACUGCCCCGAGGACGCUUAAUGUUUCUUAACAAUUUCUUUGUGCAAAUUAAGGUUUUAAAGAAAUGUUUAAAAGUCACCCACCUUAGCGCGCAAAAACCAACGAGAUAAGGCCAAAGGCGUCCAUUUACACGCCCUCCCGGGGACGUACAUGUACAAGUCAUCAACCUCCCUUUUGUUGCUAUUUCGUAGUGCAAUAUGUUAAUUUUCGAUUUAGAGAAAGCAAUCGACCACAUAGGGCACCAAAAGAGAAAGAACGAGAAGGGCUGAAAAGGAAAGGGGGCAAAGUGUGAACCACCUUCGAAUCACGGAUAAACAAAUAUGGCAAAAUAUAGACAA